UCCCAAACUCACCUCACCGUCUGCCCAUAAAACUCCCCCUCCUCCCACAACCGCCCCCCCCCGCAACAAACGAACGAUAUCCCCGAUUCAUGGGCCCGUAGAAUUCACCACCACAGCACUUCAACCUCCUACCAUGUCGAAUCUCGAAGAGCAGCUCCUACAUCUCCUGGCGGAAGCGCAGAGCUCCGCCUUGGCACCCCGCCAACAGGCAGAGGCGCACCUGCAGGCGCUGCAUAGCAACGAGGCGUUCCCGACCGGCUUGGCUGCCAUUGCAGCGCAUACCAGUUUGCCGAUUAGCACGCGGCAGGCGGCGCUGACCACGCUGAGAUUGUUCGUGGAGAAGAAUUGGAGCGGAGAAGAUGACGAGACUGAGGGGCCUACGGUUGUUAUCUCGGAUGAGGUUAAGACUGUGUUGAGGUCGAGGCUGUUAGAGCUUGCCACAGGUGGAGACGAUGAGAGGAGGGUGAGAGGUGCGGCAAGUUACGUCGUGAGCAAAAUUGCUAGUGUGGACUUCCCAGAUCAAUGGCCGACCUUGUUACCUACGCUUCUACAAAUUAUCCCCACCGCUUCUGAUGCACAGCUCCACGGCGCCUUGAAGGUGCUCGCGGACCUUGUCGACGACAGCUUAAACGAAGACCAAUUCUUCGCGGUGGCACGAGAUGUUAUGGGCACAGUCUACAGCGUUGCCAUAGAUGAUAACAGGAAGAUGACUCUGCGAGCUUUGGCCGUGGGGGUGUUCCGUGGAUGCUUCGAUAUCAUGGACAUGGUGAAGGACGAGCACGGAACUGAGGUCAAGGCUUUUGCGGAUGAGGUCUUACAAUCGUGGUCUCCAUUCUUCCUGCAAGUAAUGAAGCUACAAUUCCCAGCACGAAGCCAAGUGGCUGGCGAAGAAGGUCUGGACCGGGAACCCGAGAGCUGGCGUGGGGUUGUUGCCCUGAAGCUCCAGGUUGUCAAGACGCUUAUGAAGAUUCGACAAGUAUUUGCCCAGCUGCUACUGCCGCAAAGUCCAGUUUUAUUCACGGCUACUUGGGAAGAGCUUUCCUCGCUACAGGAUGCGUUCAAAGACUUGUACAUCGACCACGACGAUCAGGGACGGUUGGAGGAUGCGGACGGUCUCCCGUAUACUUUGGACUUUUUGGUCUUGGAGGAGCUUGACUUCUUACAGUCAUGCUUGCGGGCUCCACCUGUCCGCGAAGAAUUGGAGACGGCACUCCAAAAUUGCGGUGGUAUCUCAAAUACCCCAUGGGUUGUGGAUGUGAUGAAACUUGCCGUUGCAUAUGCACAGAUUCCCUCAGAAGAAGAAGGUCUUUGGGACAUCGAUGUCAACCUCUUCCUUGCGGAAGAAACAUCAGUUACUGCUAACUAUACAGCUCGCACUGCCUGUGGAGAUUUGCUCAUCAAGCUGGGCGAGUGGCUGCACCAGGGUGCUUUCGAGGGUCUAUUGACUUACACGAGAGUUCUAUUUGCAAGCCCUGACGCUACGUGGAGGACAAGAGAGGCUUCGCUGUACCUCCUCACUCAACUACUGAACGACUUUCUUGAUAUUGAUAAGCGCAUUCACGCGGAGACAGCAGCGUCAUACCUUGAAUUUAUCGAGUACGCCGUCAACCGCGAAGACGAGCCCCUGCUUCGCGCAAGAGGGUACAUCGUUGCUGGGGUUCUCGUUCAAAGCAUUUCAGGCAAUGCAUUCCCAACUGUGGCGCUCCUUGACCGUACCAUCAAGGCUAUACACGAGGAUGAGUCCGAAGUUGUAAAGGUUGCUUGCAUCAAGGCCAUCCAGGGCUUUAUCAAAGCUCCCGAAGGAAUCCCCUCUGACCGUCAAAUCCCAAUUGCCGUUGCCAUUUCCGAGUUCCUGAAUGCGAAGGAUUUGACUGAAUUGGAGGAUUCGGAUGACUUAUUGGUCACCCUUGUUGAGUCGCUUCGUGCAGCAACACAGCUCGACUACUCCAUCGCCAUUGCUCCCGGAAGUGGAGUCAUUGACCUGCUGUUCUUAAUGGCGAAGCAUGGUGCGGCGAGCUUCCAACUUACUGUGUUGGUUAACGAAACUUUUGAGGACAUCGUGCAGUCGCUGUCUUCACAGGGCGCAGAGGGAUAUAUCGCGCUUUGCGAGAAGGUGAUGCCUUCCUUAACAGGAGCGUUGGAUGUUGGAAGCGUGACAGAGGAUAAUCCUCUUACGACUCUUGCAUGCGAGUUGAUCGCCGUCUUGACGGAGAACGGCUCCGAGCCACUACCACCCGGAUUCGUUGCCGCAGUCAUGCCAAAGCUUAGCCGCCUCUUGUUGAGCACCGUCGAAGGAGAGAUCCUCCGCCCUGGCUCCGAGGCUCUUAAGUUCAUUAUAAUGCAUGAUCCGCAGCAGCUAUUUGAGUGGCAUGAUGAAGCUGGGCGCUCCGGAUUGGAGGUUUGCCUCAUCAUCAUUGAUCGCCUGCUUGGCCCUACUAUGGAGGACAACGCGGCCUCGGAGGUUGGAGGAGUUGCUGCGGAGCUUGUUGAGAAGGCGGGACAGGAGCGUCUUGGUCCGUUCUUGCCUCAGCUCCUUCAAGCAGUUGCCUCGCGUCUGGCAACUGCUGAGGCAGCGCCCUUUAUCCAGUCUCUCAUUCUCGUCUUUGCUCGUUUGUCCGUUGUUGGUGCAGGUGAUGUUGUUGAGUUCCUGAACCAGAUCGAGAUUGGAGGACAGAGCGGACUGCAGGUUGUUCUGAGCAAGUGGUUGGAACACUCCAUCAGCUUUGCCGGAUACGAUGAGAUCAGACAAAAUGUCAUCGCCCUCUCCAAGCUCUACAGCCUGAACGACACCCGCGUCGCACAGACCAUGGUAAAGGGCGACCUAAUCGUCCCAACCAGCGACAGGAUCAUGACCCGCUCCCGCGCCAAGAACAAUCCUGACCAGUACACCAUAGUACCCGCCCCACUGAAGAUCGUCAAGGUUCUCAUCGAAGAGCUCCUCUCAGCCUCUGGCGUCCAGAACGCCGUUACCGCCCUCGCCGCCGCAGACUUCGCGGACGAAGAGGACGACGAUGGAUGGGAGGAUCUGCCUUCCAUCCUGGAUCUCGGCUCGGGUGCCGCCAAGGCGGAUUUGAUGGCCUACGCUGAGGGACUGGGUGGAAGCUUCAUGCGCCAGCGCGACGACGAGACGCAGGCCUACCUUACAGACUUCUUUGUGCGUGCGUCGACAGAGAAUAUUGCCGGGUUCAACGAGCUCUACGCGCAGUUGACGGAUGAGGAGAAGGCGAAGCUGGAGGAGCUUGCGAAGGGAGCGCAGGCGGCACAGUAGAUGCGUGGGCGCGACAAAAGUGGGGUGCAUAUAGGUCUAUAAGGUGGAAUGGUUCGGGCCGUUGAGGCUGUAGAUAGAUAGAUACAGAUACCAGGUACGGUGGAGGCCAAAGAGUUGGAGCUGUUUUCGCUUCGUUUCAGAAAAGCAUAGCGAGGUUCGAUUUGGCCAUUGCAAGAGCUGCGUGGUGGGGUUAAUGAUUAUGAGAGUUUGGUAGAAUCAUGACUUUAUUUUGGUGAUAUGAGAGAUCAUUUAUGAUUUUGA